AUGUCCAGGCAGCUGCCCACUCCGGCAGUGCCCCAGAGAUUGUUCCUGCUGCAUUUUUGGCUGCGGAACCCACUUCCUCAGCAGCACCUGCCUGCUGGUACAGAUUUCUGCCUCACUCAGGCAGAGGAUGAGGCUCGGCUCGUUCUCCAGUGCAGGCUGGUGGUCUACAUGCUGCUGGGACUGGGGUUUCUGCUGGUGAGGGGGCUGCCCCUACCCUGCCCCUCCAGCUGCCAGUGCUAUGACACCUCCAAAGUCUUCUGCUCAGAGGAGAGGAUGCAGGAGAUCCCAGCGGGCCUGCCAGGGAAUGCCACCCAGCUCUUCUUUGUGGAGACAGCCCUGAGAAGUGUCCGCAGUGGAGAUCUGGGCUCCAGCACCACCCUCACCAAGUUGGUCUUCCUCAACAACAACAUCCAGGACCUGGAGGACGGUGCUUUUCAGGGGCUGCCCGGCCUCACUGAGCUGGAGGUGUCAGGCAACCCCUUGUCGGCAGUCAGCCCCAGGGUGCUGGUGGGUCUGCCCAGCCUCAGCAAGCUCUCCCUGGCUGCCAAUGCCCUCCGCUCCCUGCAGCCAGGGCUCUUCGCCGCUGCCUGCUGCCUGCAGCAUCUGCGCUUGCCGGGGAACAGGAUCGAGGCACUGCCCCCCGGCAUCUUCCGCCCCCUCCGGCACCUCCAGACCCUGGACCUCUCGCAGAACGUCCUGACCGAGCUGCCGGCAGGGCUGCUGGCGCCCCUCACUGCCCUCCGCCUCCUCAAGCUCAGUGACAACCUGCUGGCGCGGCUGCCCCACGGCGCUUUUGGGGCGCUGGGCCGGCUGGCCGAGCUCCACCUGGAUGGGAACCGGCUGGAAGAGCUGCCAGCCAGCGCCUUUGUGGGGCUGGUGGCGCUGCGACGGCUGCAGCUGCAGCACAACGCUCUGGGCAGCCUGCCCCCUGACAUCUUCGCUGGUCUCCCCAACCUCACCGUCCUCAGCUUGGAGGGCAACCGCCUGGCCACCCUGCCUGCCACCCUCUUCACUGGCACCCCUCGCCUCCUUCACCUUUCCCUGGCUCGCAAUGAGCUGGAGAUGCUGCCCCAGGGACUCUUUGCCAACCUGUCUGUGCUGCAGACCCUGAGGUUGUCAUACAACUCCAUGGACCACCUUCCCGAUGGGGUUUUCCAGGGUCUGGCGGAGCUGGCAACGCUGCAUCUGAGCCACAACAACCUCUCCAGCCUGCCGGCUGGGCUGCUAAGAGGGCUGCCCCUCCUCACUGCCCUGGUGCUGGACCACAACCGCCUGGCCCACCUGCCUCCAGGGCUCUUUGAUGCCAAUCAGGAGCUGGUGCGAGUGGGGCUGGGCAGCAAUCCCUGGGCCUGUGACUGCCACCUUGCCUAUCUCCUGAGCUGGCUCCAGGGCUUUGCCGAGCCCCUCACCCAUGUGCAAGCCUCCUGUGCCAGCCCAGCCGCUCUCCAGGGACGGUCCCUGCUGGAUGUCCCCCGCGGGCAGCUGCAGUGCCCGGGAGCACCGGGUGUCCCCCUGGAGGAAGGCUGGGAUGGGGAGCAUGCUCCGGGGCAGUGCACGUACAGGAACCCCGAGGGCACCGUAAGCAUGGCCUGUGAUGCCACGAGCUGCCAACAGCUCAGCCUUCGCCUCCCUCCUCCUUCUCCUCCUCCCAGGCAGGCAGCGGGCCUGGGGCCGGUGUACCAGGGUGCCUGGGUGCUGCACUCCCGCUGUGGCACACUGCAGGUCAAUGUACUGGUCACCGCACAGAGUGGGGAUGAGGGCACAUCUCCAGGUCUUCCCAUUGUGCCCUAGAGCUCGGGCAGGCACCUGAUUCUGCUCCGCUCUUGCAUUGGCAACCUCUGAACCAGCCCAGGAAACAGCACUCCAUCUUGCUCUGCUACCCCUACCAUAGCCACCAGCUGUCACCAAGCUCUCCAUAAAAGCUGGGCUGGUGGUAUUUAUCCUUCCAGCUGUGCA